AUGUAUAGGUCAAGUUUACAGUUGAGACACAAGGUAGAAUUUGUAUCCAAGUCUGUUACCCAUCCAGGAAUUUGGCCACUUUCGGGAGGAAGCAUCAUAUUCCUGUUUUGGGGAUACAGCCACUUCUUUUUCCCUUUAUUUUCUAAACUUCUUUCUUUUCCUUUCUGCAUUUUCUUUCUAUCUUUUCAUAAUCUUUUCUUAGAAAUAUUGCGAUUUGUUCUUUGUUUUUAUUUCUUUCAUGACUUCAUUUUUGUUUUAUCUCUUUUCCCAAAUAUCAGCUUUUUUAUAAGUUUGAUUUUUAUUCAUUUUCUUUUUGCCACCAUAUGUUUUUCUUUGUUUCUUUCUGUUAGAUUUAUUUUUAUUUUGAUUUCUUCCUUUUUACGUAUUUUCAUUUUUUUCUGUUGCUUUCCUUCCGGUUUUCUUCUUUCUUUCAUUUUCUUUCUUUCAUUUUCUUUCUUUCAUUUUCUUUCUUUCAUUUUCUUUCUUUCAUUUUCUUUCUUUCAUUUUCUUUCUUUUUGCUUGUCUUCUUUCUUUCAUUUUUUCUUUUUGCUUUUCUUCUUUCUUUCAUUUUCUUUUGGCUUUUCUUCUUUCUUUCAUUUUCUUUUGGCUUUUCUUCUUUCUGCUUUCUUCUUCUCUUUGAUUUUCUUUCACUUUCUUUGA